AUGGAUCUAACCACAGGACUUGAGAGUUCCUCACUACUAAGAGAGGUGGAGGGGGUCCCCCUUUUUGCUGCAACUGCAGAUAAUUGGAGCCAGAUUCAGAACUUUGAGGCCAAGCCUGAUGAUCUCCUCAUCUGUACCUACCCUAAGUCAGGGACAACAUGGAUUCAAGAAAUUGUGGAUAUGAUUGAACAGAAUGGGGAUGUGAAUAAAUGCCAGAGAGCAGUCAUUCAGCAACGCCAUCCUUUUAUAGAAUGGGCAAGGCCACCCCAACCCUCUGGUGUGAAAAAUGCCGAAGCAAUGCCCUCUCCGCGAAUACUGAGGACUCACCUUCCCACUCAACUAUUACCUCUGUCUUUCUGGAAAAAGGACUGCAAGUUUCUAUAUGUAGCUAGAAAUGGCAAAGACUGCAUGGUUUCCUACUACUAUUUCCAAAAGAUGAAUCAAAUGCUUCCUGACCCUGGUACCUGGGAGGAAUAUUUUGAAAAGUUUACUAAAGGAAAAGUGAAUUGGGGUUCCUGGUAUGACCAUGUGAAAGGAUGGUGGGAAAUAAAAGAAAGAUAUAAAGUUCUUUUCAUUUUCUAUGAGGAUAUUAAAAAAGAUCCAAAGAAUGAAAUUCGGAAGGUGAUGCAGUUCAUGGGAAAGAAUUUGGAUGAAACAGUACUAGAUAAAAUUGUCCAUGAAACAUCAUUUGAGAAAAUGAAAGAAAAUCCUAUGACAAAUCGUUCUACGGUUCCCAAAUCUAUUCUGGACCAGUCCAUUUCCCCAUUCAUGAGAAAAGGAACUGUUGGAGAUUGGAAAAACCACUUCACUGUGGCUCAGAAUGAGAAGUUUGAUGAAAUCUAUAGGGAAAAGAUGGGAGGAACUUCAAUAAACUUCUGCAUGGAACUCUGA